AUGAGGACGAGAUACGUCGAAGACUUGUGUAGCCAGAUCACGGCGACGACGAGUGUGGAUAUUGAGGAAGCCUCAUCCAAAUCAGAGAUACGCACUUUGGAGUACAACUACCUGCUGGAGUGCACUGCCUUAGACCCCAGAUUCCGGGCUCUGCCACAUCUAGAGAAAAACCAGCAUGAAGAUGUAUUCCACAAACUGAAAGAGAAAGCUGUGCUGUUGCAGAACCAGGAUGAGGGUGAAGAAGGUGCCAGUGGCCACCCCCCUGCAACAGAGGAGCCUCUUGACCAGACAGAUAGCACAGGAGCUGAGCAGAAACAACCUCCUCCCAAGAAAACUGCACUGGAGGAUCUUCUUGGAGGUUUCGAUGAACCAGCUGCAGCUGCACAGCCUAUCAAUCAGAUUGAUGCAGAAAUGAAUAAGUACAGAGCUGAAACAUCCAUUUCCCUCAACAGCUACCUACUCAAGUGGUGGAAAGAGAAUGCUAGGCUGUACCCACUGCUCUUUGGUCUAACAUUAGAAGUGAUGCCACAGGUCAGAUCUGUGUCUACUGCAGUCCGGCUUCUGCAAACCACUAUCACAGAAACAUCUCAGACAGCUGAGAUUCAGAUCGAUAACACUCCUGUUGUAAACAAAGCUGCUGUGCUUCCCAUUGCCCAUGAGUUGCCCUGCUAUAUCAAGGCAGCUGGUGAUACUUCAAACCUUUAUAUACAGGAUUUUUCAUCAUCCUAUAAAUCUCAGAGGGAAGCUGACACAGUUGGAUAA